AGGUAGUUGUGUCAUGCCAGCCGAACGACCAGGUGCUCAGACGGCUAAAGGCAGCUGAUCACGGCAAGAAGUGUGCGCGCACGCGUACCUCACCGAAUGUUUUAACUGACGCGUUUCAUACGGAGCGGAGUCGCGCUCACUUGUGCGCUCGUUUGGCGCCUUUCGUGCCGCUUACCGUUGGUCACUGUACUGGAUGGAUGCCUUCGCCGCCACCGCCACACAUUUCGCCUACUUGGGGAUGGUUAGCGUAUAUUUGAGUGUCUGUGAAACACGUUUGCGCAGUCAGUUGCGAAUUUAAUUUAAAGCGAAGCGGUGCCACUCGCUGCCACUCUCUGCUUUCGGCCGCUUACAAUUCACUGUUUUCGAAUUUCGAUUUUGUACUUUAGAGUCGUUGUUUUGUUUUGCAUCGCCAUGCAAUUGAAUAAUAAAAUUUGAGUAGUUUUGAGUGGAAUUUGUGGUCGCAUAAAUUAUUUGUUUGACAACACAACAAAAACAACCGCACAACACAAGCUGGAUGUCACUGCACGCAUUGUGUAAUCUGCGGUAUCGCUGAGCUAAAACAAAUAAAUAAAUAAUUGAAUAGAGAUAUAGUAAAAGUAGAAGCAACCGAUUUAGAUGUGAAAAUCGACAAUUGAACGAUACGGGGAGUGAAAGCAGCUGCUCACGCCAAAUAACGGCACCGGUUAGCGGAUUAUCGUCAUUUCUCGUGCACUUACACGACCAAAUGGCGGUUUUCGUUUGUAAAUAAAAACCGAUUAUGCCAGAAACAGAUUAAAAGCCAAUUAACAAUAUAUAGACAAAUUCGAAUUUCGGAAAUUUUUGUUAAUUUUGUGUGUGUGUGUGUGCGCUUAACUUGUGUUGCAGUUUUGCUUAAAAUAAAUCAAACGCGAAACUAUUCGCUUUCUAAGUAACUUCCAGCGCGAAUACCAAAAGCCAGCAACAACAUGUUUAAUCUGCGAAGCCAACUAGACAAGAUCAUCAUCACGGCCAUGGAUCGUUUCGUGUGGUUCGUUCUGCUCGUCGUCAUGUCACACUUGGUGACCGAAUUCACACGCGUUACUGGGUAUGCGCGCGGCAAUCGGCAUGACGCCGUACUACUGAAUGAUUCUACCGUACAGCCGAUGCCAGUGGCGAACAUGAUUUUCUAUCCCGGCGAAGAGUACGGACUCUACGACCAUCAACAAAUGUCGCAAUACAACAACAUAUAUCCGAACAACAACAGAUAUGGCAACAAUAACAACUACAACUACAAUAAUUACAACAGCAACAACAAUCCUAACAAUCAACCAAACUCAGCCGUUAUGGCGGGACCAUCGGCAAAUGCUGAGUCAGCCGCAGUAGGCUUUCCCUUCAGCUUUCGUCCGCUAAUUGACAGCAUCUUCGAGAUUCCGAUAUCGACACUGCGAGCUGUCAACAAUCUGGUGGCGCGUUUAACCGGCAGCUAUCAACACCAGGUGCCAUCAAUGACCGCAGGCGUGCUCAAGUCCGGGACCGGCAAUACGAGCCCGGACGCGCUACAGGCCUUCCGCUCCCUACCAGCAGGUGGCGGCGCUGACGUAGCGACGAAAGUAGUGCCCGGUGUCUUCGACCCGGCCGCAGCGUCACGGCCACAGCCAAACAGCAGUGGCAGCAGCAACAACAACAACAAUAAGGGUGGCAUUCCCUCCGUGAGGCAGCGAAGGUCGUUGCUGCGUGAGGUGAACGCGUAAAUCAGUGCACUCUUGGUUGCGCGUACCCAACCACACUUGCCCAUAUAAAGAAGUGCAAAGCGGACGAAAGUGGCGAAGCGAAGGCAGUGACAGCCGACGUCAAUUUCACGCCUGCCGAUAAGCACGUUCUGCCAAGCAUCACACGUGCUUCGUCCCCCUCUCCCAUCCACGCGCGCACUUUGCCUUAACUAGUUCAUUUGCACUUCCUUCCUUCCGCCGCCGACAUCCCGGUUCCAUCCCAACGAUUCAGUCAUUCACUUCGCAAUAUUCGCGCAUUUCUGUCUUUACUGUUGCUUUUUGUUUGUGUGUUUGUGUUCGGUGUUUAGUCAAGAGUUUGUGUUCGCGUUGUAUGUAGUUGUUCUUUGCUGUGGCGGCGUCGGCGCCUUCGCGGUUCCCGGUUCGUUGCGUGCACAUUUGCAUAAACUUGUUCUAAAGUUUGCAAUUAGUUGGCCGCUUUUUUUCUUCGCACAUCGUUGGUGUUGUUGUUCUCGUGUUCCAUCUUUAAAACUAGAGAAUUAAGCCAAGUGUAACGGUGUCCCCACCGCCGGCUCAUCAACCAGCCGUUAAUUUUUCCUUCUUUCACAUUUCUUUCGCACAAAUUGCUGUACAUUCACUCGGCUCAAUUACACUUUCACUUUCUAUUAGCCAUUCUCCUCGAAGCUGCUUUGCACAUUUCUUUUAAUUGUCGUAUUCUGUCAUUCCCGUUAAUUAUUAAGCGCGCAGCGGUGCUUUGCGCUCGCACGGUCUUCGUCUGCGCUUUGUAAUACAAUUUGAGUGUUUAUUUUUACGUCUAUGUCUCCCAAGUCGAUGUGCUCUUUGACAUUUUCCUGUUCUAAUUGUUGAUGUGAUAUUACUUUAGUGACACUUUAAAUUUACUUUAAGAUAAACAAUGUUAAUAUUAGCUGUAAGUACUAUUUUUAUGUCGAAAUAAAAUAUUAUGUAAAUUUCUAUACGAAAAUAAAUAAAUAAAUAAAAUUAUAUAUGUAAAUGAAUAUAAAGAA